UUUAUUUUGAAAUAGCCUAAUUUUUAUAAUGAGGAAGUUUUGCAAUCAAAGUUGGUUAGUUUCUUUGCCAUGAGACGAUCUUUAAUACCUGGCUUUAUAAAGCGCCGAUCAAGUCUUUUUUCAAGUAAAGACUCUGAUAGUUCAGAUUUUAACGAAUAUUCGGAUGUAUCUAAAGAAAGCGAUUUUUACAGCGAAGAAAUCAAAAUAAUACGCGAAAGAUACAAUGGUGAAUUAGAGCGUUCAAUUAGUGAUGGUAGUAGUUGUUUUGACGAAAGUUUAACAAAAAAGAAGUCUCAAGUAGAUAAUGACAGCAUUACUAGCAGUAAUAAACACAGAAGUAGUUGUUAUGAAAACAUUUUUGAAAAAAGUAAUGUCAACAAUAGUUUAUCAAAUUUGGAAUUAAGUAGACAAUCAGCUUUUGAAGAAACACAAAUGGUUGAUCAAGAAGAUAUAAUAGCACUGACUCGUCACGUUAGAAAUUUUUCUGAUGCUCUUAAUAAUUUGAGAAAUACAUUCAAAGAAAGUAUAGUAGAUGGUGUUUAUAAUGAAUCAGCAUGCCAAGAGCGGUCACAUGAAAGACUUAGCGAUGUUCUAACAUUGUUAAAAGAUGUGCUGGCAAAGUAUCCUCCUCUUCAUUCUCCAGAUAUUUUAAGAGCAGCUACUAAUAUAAUAGGAAAAAUAAAAGCCUAUAAUUAUGCUGGAGGUAAAGAUGGUCCAACAGAUUUCUAUGCAGCUAUUGAUCAGCUUGCUUUAUCAUUUAGCAGCAGUGUCUCUGAUUUUUUGAUGGGUGAUAAAGAUAUGUCAUUGCAAAGUCCAACAGAGAAUCUGACAGAUCAAUUUGAUGAUCCUGAUGAAGAUCCUGAGGAUGAUGAAUCUUAUGAAAAAGAAAGUGACGACUUUUUAGAGAAAAGUGAAAAAGAGAAUAGUUCAAUAUAUAAUAAUUAUGUUGAGGAUGUUCCUCAUCCGUCUUCACCUACGAUAUUACUUGAACCGGAAAAGCCAGAUUUCCCACCAUCAUCAGAUGAAUUGAGUAAGGCUUUGUUAGAUAUUGAAGACAGCGUGGAAAUAUCUUUAACACGGACAAAAGUCUGGGCAAAGUAUUCUAAAGAUAUUCUUAGUUACAUUGAACGGCGUGCGCAUCUGGAAUUGGAAUUUUGUAAGCAAACGUCAAAGCUUUCUUCACAGACACGCACAUCAAUAUUAGAAGGGAGUUAUCUUCCAUUUCAAUCUGUUUACGUUACUGCAUUGGAGAACGACAUCUCGUUUGCUCAAGUAUACCAAAAAUGUUACGUAACUCAGUUUGCUCAAAUAGUUGAAACAUUAAAAGAACGACAAAAAGAUCAUGAUAAUAAAAGAUCAAAAUUAAAAUUGAAAUGGAAGAAUGAGCUCAAGAUAGUUGCUGAAAGUCGUGAAAAUCUAAGGAUCGCUAAGAAAACAUACAUCCAAAAACAAAAAGAUCUUGAAAAGUACCUUAAACAACAGCAAGAAGGAAAAGAAGAUACAACUAAAUUUACCAUUGGUAAAAAAAAGCAUCAAGAGGACUUUAAAAAAAGUGCUGAUGAAAGUGAGGAACAAUACAAACUCUGUGUUGAGGAAGCAAAUGUUCGUCAGCAUGAAAUACAGAGAGUUAAAGCUGAUGUUUUGUUAGAUCUACGUCAGUUAAUUUAUCAAUGUGAUAAAACAAUGAAGUCUGUAACAAUAGCUUACUUCAAGAUGAUGGAAGGAUUGUUUAAUGUUCUUCCAACACAAUACAAAACACUGGCUGAAAGUAGUAAAGGCUAUGAAGAAGGCCAGCAGUUUGCAGAAUUUGUGCGCCUGCAACAAUCUACACUUAAUCAAGCUAUGAUACCAAAAUAUAGUUUUGAAAAAUAUAAAGGAGAGGGAGUGAAAAGCUCAAUUCGACAAAAUCAAGAUGUUCUUGCUAUAUCAAGUGAAGAUUUUUCACCAGCAUUUAUGCCUAUAACUCCUCGUACGCUGCAACGUAAAAAUAGUACCAAUUUACCUGAUUCUGAAAGACCAACUUCACCUUUUGGUGUGGUAGCGAAACGGCCAACCUGGGGAACUGGAAAAAAGGAGUCAGCUACUGAUGACACAGAUAGCAAUACAGAUAGAUCAAUGCCAGGUUCUCCUCAUGAUAGUCCAACAAAUCAACGAAAACAAUAUAAUAUUCCAUUAUCAGAUGAUGAACAAGAUGUUAAAGAAGAGACAAAAAAAUCAGAACCAGGUCCGUUUCGUAACCAAAAGCUUUCUCUCGCUGCUAAAAUGCAUAAAUUCCGUAAGCUUCGUGCUCCUGCUAGAUGUAAAGAAUGUGAUAGUUAUGUAUACUUCAAUGGUGCAGAAUGUGAAAAGUGUGGUUUAAUUUGUCACAAAAAGUGUUUAGAAAAGUUGGCUAUCAAAUGUGGUAACAAACGGUUACCUCGUAAAAUGACAACAUUUGGAGUUGACUUUCAACAACAUUUGCUUGCCACAAAACGAACUGAUAUUCCAUAUAUCAUUGAAAAGUGUAUAAAUGUAAUUGAUGAAAAUGGUUUAAGUGUUAAGGGAAUUUACAGGGUUUCAGGAGUAAAAUCUAAAGUAGAAAAACUUUGUCAGCAAUUUGAGUCAGGAGGAGAUUUGGUUGAUCUUUCUAAUACUCCUCCACAUUUUGUUGCUUCAGUUUUAAAGCUGUAUCUAAGACAGCUUCCGGAACCUCUAUUGACAUUUAAGAUGUACCCAUUAUUUAUAAAGCUUGCCAAGGAAAGUAUGAAUUUAAAACUAUCUCCCUCUGAUAUUGAUAAAAUGACUGAAGCAGAAUGUGCCCAAUAUGAGGAGAUCAUAUCUCAGCUUCAUGAAAUAGUAAAGCAAUUGCCAAGUGCUAACUAUUUUACUGUCGAAAAACUUAUCAGACAUUUGAAAAGAGUUGCAGAUAGAUCAGAUGAUAACCAAAUGGGUGCUGCAAAUUUAUCUAUUGUGUUUGGACCAACAUUACUUAGGCCUGAAGGUGAUUCAAGUUCAUUAGCAGCAGUAAUGGAUAUGGGUCAUCAAACCAAAGCUGUCGAACUCCUUAUUCUGAACACUAGUAUUUUUGGAAUUGUAAAUAGUUCUAUUAAUAAUGAGGUAUUGAAAAGUAAGAACAAAAGUAUUUCACAAAAAAGAAAUGGUAUUGGUUCAGAAAGUUCUCCAAAUACUUCUAGACAAGAAAGUGUUUCUAGCGUUGGAGCUGAAUUUACAAGAGAGAUAAUGUCUAUGGUGGAUACUGGUCUGCCAAAAACUGAUGAGUCUCAAGAGACUAGUGCUAUUGAUUUAAAACGUCAUAUGAGUUUAAAUGAGUAUCAUGACCCCGAUAGAGAAUCUGACAUAUUAGGUGACCUUCCUUCGGCACACCAUAACUUCGUUUCUAAAAAUAACUCACAGGCCUCUACGAGAAGUGGACAAUCCACAGAUACUGACUAUGAAUCUGCACACGAACAACUUUCAUCUUUAGAAUCACUUUUAGUAGGUGAUAGUUGUGGAGUUCAUUCAAGUCCAGACUGCACUUCUAAAGAUGAAAAUCCGGAGGACGAUAAUGCGUGGAUGGAAAGAUUUGGUAAAGGCUUAAUAGUAAGGCAGAGGAGCUUGUCUACUAAUGAAAUCCCAUCUAAUUUAGAGCACUUUAAAUUUCCAAUAAACGCCAAUAAUCGUAAGAAUUCGAUGUUUACUCGUCUUGAAACUACUACAUACUCUUUUUCUCUUGGAGGUACCCAAGAUAACGCUGAAGAAUCUUCUCCUAGUCCUAACUCUCCUGCGUGGGUAAAACGGGACGUUAAAGAUAAAGUUUCUGUACGGAAACUGAAACCUGUUACUAUCAAAGCAACAGUUUCUCAGAAUUCUUCCCCGCAAUCUUCUCCAAUUUUAUUAAAAACGACACCAUUUGUUUUGCAAGACAUUAAAGGCAAUAAAAAGGAACACAAAGAACUUAUAGAAACUACAAAAGCAAUUAGUGAUUCUUCAUUUUUAGGAAUGGAUGAGAAAGACGGUUUGUCUCCUUCAUUAAAGGUUAACAUCUCAAAACUUCAAAGUUUAGGUGACCAAAACAGUGUUUCUUCUAAUGCUUCUAUGUUUUUAAAACAAGCUCCUCCAACAUUUCCCAAACCAAAAAAAACAUUAGACAAAAAAAGCUGGACCGCAGAUUUAAUAAAAAGUAAAAAUCAACUUUCUCCCGAUGCUCUUCAGACUGGUUCGUUGAAUGAUAAAACUAAACGCCGUGAUGAAGAUGCUAGAGUUGAAGACGAUAAUGAACUGAAUAGAAAUGGGACAGGAAAUAAAUCUGUUAAAGAGAUUCUAACAAAAUUUGAAACAUCAACUAGUCGUAAUGUUAAAACUGAUAAAGAUGGACUGACAGAACGCUAUGUAUAAGUAAAAGGUGUAUUGGUCAAACCUGGUUCCAGCCUGACCUGGUUAUAGGGUGUUUUAAUGUUACAUGCAAUGUGAACCUCUGCUUCUGUCUAGCAAAUAUUUUAUAUCUUGUUCAUUUAAAACAAUAUGGAUGAUAAAGAAUGAGGUACCAAAAAUUCGCAAAUUUUCUAAUAUCUAGUACGCUACUGCUUCCGACUGAGUUUGCGUAUUUUACCGAAAUAAUAAAGAAGCAUAUUUAAAAACAGCUAACCAUAUCAUCCAGGUGAAUGGUUAAUUCUUUUUAAUUUGGUCAAUAUUUAUGCACAUUUUAUAAAAGCCGUUUAAUGAUUUGCUUUUCAUGAAUUUGAAUAAUCUUCUCGGAAUCUCUUGAGGAAAUUUAUAUCUAAGCUUUUAUUUGUAUAUAGAAUUAUAACAAUUGUUUUAAAAUAAUGGAAAUUUAGUAAGCUAUAAUUUAUAUAAUGAAUCCAGGAUCUAUUUCACUAGAUGAAUUUAAAAUUUUAAGGAUCAACCUUAUGUGACCUCUGCUAUCCAAUCACUUGUGUCUUUCCUAUGCAUAAAUUAUUUUCUGACAAAAAAUUUUAUUAUUUUUUAUUUAUUUUUUCCUCAUGUCUUUUAAUAAAAAUUUUUUAAUUGCGUUGCAGGAGUUGUGACGCGGUAGACUGGGCUCUAAUAUUUCUAUAAUAUAUUUUCGUACAUAAAUUUCUAUAUAAAUUUAUAUUUUUGUAUCAAGUUUUAUUAUAUUCUUUUUGUGGUUUAUGCAAAACACUGUGAAAAGUUUUGUGAAUUUGUACAAAAAACUAUUUUUUUA